AUGUCUGAGCAGCAAGAGAACACAGCAGCGGCUAUGGCUGCGGGGCUGGCGGCGGCUGCCGCAGCCAUGGACGAUCAGAUUGACCAGAAAGCUUUGCAGGAAUUCAUGCUUCAGCAGAUGAGCCGCGUCGGGGCUCGCGGAGCGCCAGCCGGCGCCGGGAAGCCCGAAACGACCGCGGGUGCGACGCCGGCGCCCUCGUCGCGCGCCGCGGGGCCCGAGGGCGACGAAGAGACAGCUCGCGGCGCGGCAGGAGCCACGCAGACAAGGCCCCCGGCGCCAGACUUCCAGGCGUUCAAGCACGAGCAUCUGCGGGAAGUGGAUGAGGGCUCCGCGGUCGUGGUCGACAGGGCCGACGGCAGCUCCGGCGCGCCUGUCUCUGCGUCCACGUGGACGGACUUGAACCUGAGGAAAGAACUCCUCUUGGGCGUGGAAAACCAAGGCUUCAGCAAGCCUUCGAAAAUCCAGGCUGCCGCGCUGCCUCUGAUCUUCUCGCGGGACGAAAACCUGAUCGCCCAGGCCCAGAACGGAAGCGGAAAGACUGCGACGUUUGCUCUGGCGAUGCUGACCAAGGUCGACCACACCCUGAAGGCGCCUCAAGCCCUCUGUCUCUGCCCGACUCGAGAACUUGCUCAGCAGACCGUCCGCGUCAUCGAGGCCUUGGCUCGGUUCACAGAGACAUCGAUCUUCGUGGCCAUCCCGCAGAAGUCCGAUGCGCCUCCGGCCUCGCUUGCGCCGGCGGAGACAACCGGCAAAUGCGUGGUGUAUACGACGUUGACCAGCCCAGUGGUGCAGUCGCCGAUCGUCGUCGGCACGCCUGGGAAGUGCAUGGAGCUGCUCAAGAAAAGGAAGUUCGCGGGCGACACCGUGCGGCUCUUCGUAUUGGACGAGGCUGACGAGCUUAUCAACUUCUCCAACAACAUGGCGCCCCAGGUGCAACAGAUUCGGCGCUUCUUUCCUCAGAGGCUUCAAAUUCUCUUGUUCUCAGCGACCUUCUCGGAUGAAGUUCGCGGCUUUGCGGAGAAGCUGAUGCCGACGGCGAACAAAAUCACGGUGAAGAAGGAGGAGUUGACUCUGACGUGCAUCAAGCAGUACUACAUUCCGUGCGACACGAGGGCGGCCGACUUGGGCGUCACGCAGCCGCCGGCGAAGGAGUCGUCGCUUCCGUAUCGACUGGAAACGACGUUCUACCAGAAGUUUGCGGUCUUGUCUUCGCUGUAUUCGUCCAUGUGUCUGGGCCAGUCGGUCAUUUUUGUGAACAGCCGCCGCAGCGCGUUUUCGCUGGCUCUCAAGAUGCAGGAGGAAGGCUACGCGGUCUCCCUCAUCUGCGGAACGCAGGCGCAGGGGCCCGAGAAGAUGGGCAUCGAGAUGCGAGACCGGAUCAUGGAGGAAUUCCGGAAAGGCGAAACGAAAGUGCUCAUUUGCACAGACGUCUUAGCCCGAGGAAUCGACGUUCCCCAGGUGACGCUGGUGGUGAACUUCGACCUUCCGCUCGUCUACCAGGGCCGCGUCGGAGGCGACGCCCGUGGAGCCCUCUGGCACGGCGGACAGGCUGAAGGCAACCUGCAUCAAGUCUCGGGGCCCCGUGUGAACAUGGAGACAUACAUACACCGCAUCGGCCGCACGGGUCGGUUCGGCCUCAAGGGUAUCGCCAUCAACCUGGUCACCAGCCACGAGGAACACCUGCUGCAGCAGAUCCGCGACUUCUACAGGUGCGAUAUCGAGUGCAUGAACGAGGACCCCGAAGACGUCGAACAAAUGAUCAGAAAGCUCCGGAUAUGA